CCUGGCUGGAGGUGCGGCCAGGUCGGGUCACGUGGUUUCAGGUGCGGUUGCUUUAUUGACGUUGCUCCAAUCUCUCCACUUCCGUGCCUCCAGUUACGCUGUCGGUGUGGUCGUCGUUUGCACUAGCACAGAGGCACGAUGUCUUUCAAUCUUUCUUCAGCAUUGGGCGAUGGCGAGGAAAAAAUGACGAAGGAAGAAGCACAAACCAAUGACAUCAGCUGGCCUUGGAGUAAGAAAUCUGGCGAUAAGAGUGGCAGCAAGGUCAAAUCCGACAGCAAGCAGAAGUCAACGGACGGAAAGAAGAAAAGUGACCAUAAGGAUGGGAAGAAAAAAGAUGGAAAGAAAAAGGAACAUAAGGACGGGAACAAGUCGGACACCUCCACCUCCUCCUCUUCCUCCAGUAGCAGCAGCAGCAGCAGCGAUGAGCGCAGCAGGUCUUACCAGCUGUGGCACUCCGAGCUGCGGCCUCCUCUUGCUAUCUCCGUUCCGGAAGAGCGUUCGUAUUCUGCCGCCUUUCUCACAGUCCAAGUCCGGGUCAUUCCCCGCGAUUCGACGUUUGUGUGAGCAUGAUACAACAGGGCGAGGGAAAACAAACGGGUCACGUUGCGUAACCUUGGCUUCCCUCCUCGCUGAGGCCUGCAAAGCAAAAGUCACCGCUCCAAAUGGAAAAAAAACAAAAAUUUUUUUUUUUUUUUUGGGGGGGCUUCAUAGGGGCCACUGCUGUCGUCAGAACCUUUAAUUCAUAACAUAUAUGAGCUGUGGCACUUGAGAAGUUCUUUUUUUACAAAAAACAAAACAAAACAAAAAAAACAGCAGCUUCUCUUCUUCCGGUAAGC